UGUUGUUUAAACUAACUUUAAAAUAAUGUUACGCGACUGAAUAUUUCAGGCUAAAUGAUAUAUCAUUUAUCCCUAUACCGUAAUAGGAUAUAUAAUGUAAAAAGGCAUGUGUGAAAAAUUCAAUUUGUUUAUGUGAUUUCACUAUUGGAUCUAUACGUGAAAUUGGAUUUAACCCUAUCUUGGCUGGACUACCUGCAAGGAGUGCCUCAAUCAGAUUGGGGGGAAACUACAUGACAGAACAGAACAGUAGGCAAUAGCGGUUAUUAAAUAUUAUCGAGUGAUGACAUAUAUAUGAAGAAGAAUGGCAUCAGCAACGUUUGAAAACCCAAAUUCGGAUAAUGUGGACUGUUCGAUUUGCACGGAAAGAUUCAGUAAUCCCUGCUUACUGAACUGUAAUCAUAUUUUCUGCGAGACGUGCAUUCACACGUGGAUUGAGAGACUAUCCGAAGACGAUUUAUCUUCGCUGUCCGGGAUAGAAUGCCCCUUGUGCAGGGCAAUUACACAACCACCGAACACACAGCUCCCGUGGCGACUUUGGGCUUCGUCGCUUCCUAGAGCGUCAGUGACCGACCUCCAAGAUAGAACCUUCCCGAAAAUGCCGAGAUGUGACCCAUGUAAAAGAAGUAGUGAAGUGGCAUUAGCUACAGUGUCCUGUGUAGAAUGCAAUGAAUAUUUGUGCCUGGAAUGUGAGAAGAGUCAUAAAAAACUGAAGCCAACUAGCGGUCAUAAAGUUUACACCAUAAAUACGGAAUAUGACAUAGAAGACUGUAAGAAACUUCAUGAGUAUCACAAACUACUGAUGUGUGAGAAACAUGAUGAAAGAGAAAUUGAAUUCUGGUGCGAAGAUGAUGGUGAAGUUUUUUGUGCCACUUGUGCUAUUGUUGCUCACAGAAGUUGUUCUCGUGUCCUAGAAAUUAGUAAUAUUACCGAAAUCGAAACACAAUCUAUUAGUGUUUCCAAAUGGAGAAUGGAAGUCCUUAAAACAAAUCUCAAUGAUUCGGUCACAGUGUACAGGAAAUAUAAAAAAGCAAUUGACAAAGACAUAGAUACCAUACAGAAACAAGUGAAAGAAAGAAAGGAAAUAUUAUUGAAGACAAUUGAGACUGAAAUAAGCCAACUAUUGUCUUCCAGCUCAAAUAGGGCAGCUGAGUACAGUGGUUCAGUUGAAAGAAACCUUUCCGUACUAGAAGGCAAAAUAAAGCAGCUAGAGAGAUCGAUAACUUUGACUGAGAAAUGUUCUGACAUGGAGCAGGGCGAGAAACGUAAGUUUAUUGUUAGUUCUAGAUUGGAAAGACUCGUAAAAGAUUACGAUCGGGAUAUUGAAGAAAUCUGCAAUGAUACCAAAUCAGAAUUAAGUCGCGUCAGACUUACCGUAGUAAACAGUGAACACGACCCCAAAUGUUUCAUUGGUAUGUUGGAGGAAUAUACGCCGACGCGUCAUAAAGAUAUGUUGGUCCCAGCUUUUGGAAUGGAUGGUUGUGCUAAAAAAAUGUUCAAGGUCGGUUCCUUCUUCAGUUCAUGUGACUUUUUCACAGACAGUGUGUCAAUCUUUUCGGACAAGAAAAAUAAGCGCCUUGUCAAGUAUAAUAAUACUAGUAGAAAAGUUGUCAUUGAAAUGAAGACAAAAACUGAACCAUGGACUGUUCUUGUAUUGAAGAAAAUGGUUGUGGUGUCAUUUCCAACAAAUAAAAAAAUAAGUGUGUUUAAUGAAAAUCUUAAUCUAAUGAAGUCCAUUUCAACGACAAAAUGUUGCUAUUCCUUCGAUGAUUUAAAUGAAAACAAUUUGUUGGUCUGCGAAGAAACAUCUGGCCUGUUCGUAGUCUUCGUAACCUACGACUUGGCUAGUGGUGAAACGAAAAGUAAAAUUGAUACAGAUGGAGAUGGAAAUAAACUUUUGACCAAUUCACAUAUUUGUGUUGAAAACAAUAUCUUGUAUAGAUUAACCGAACAGAAAAAAGUGAUAGCAUUGAAUCUGAACGAUAAAGCUGAGGUGUUUAAAUAUGAAAAUAAAGAGUUGGAUUGGCCAACAGGAAUAGAUAUUGAUGUUGAAGGUAAUAUCUAUGUGUGCGGAUUACGUUCCAAAAACAUUCACAUGUUAGAUAAUGAUGGUGAGCUUAUCAGGAUAUUGGAUCUUGCACAAUAUGGUUUUAGUCCAACAUUUAUCAAGUUCAGCAGAAAUAAUGAAGACCUUAUACUUCUUGGAGAUGAAACUAACCCUGGUCCAUUUUUCUUUAAACUGAAAUGAGCGAUUUAAUACAUGUUUUUAAAAUUUUGUCAUAUUAUUAAGUACCGUAAAGAGUAUUCCAUGAAGUACAUAUUUAGGUAGAUUCUACGCUGUCUAGGUGCUACUUUUGUUCACACCAUGGACUUUUGUAGCAACAUUAAAUUGAUUAAUAUGAAGUAUGCAUUCAACGAAAAUCAUGUGUAGACGUUGCAUCUUAUAAAUAAUUAUGUUGCUUAUAAAUGCGUGACCACCGACAGUUUUGCAAUGUAAACAGUCGAGAAGUUUUACUAUUUGAAUGUAACUUUGUUAUAUAUUGGUUUCUAUGUUUGUUAUUUGAAAUAUGUUAUGUAUAUUCCAUUUUUGAGAUAGUAUUCACAAAGCAAU